AUGGGGCACCAAGGAAACAAUGGGCUCGCAAAUGGGCAUGCUGAUUAUCUGGUCGAGGAGCACGUACUUGGUGACCCUCGCCAUUUACGCAUUGUGACGAUCGGGGCUGGAGCUGCUGGAUUGAACAUGGCCCGCCAAUUGGAAUUACACAUGCAGAAUUUUGAGCAUGUCAUCUACGAAAAGAACUCUGACGUGGGAGGGACGUGGUUUGAGAACAGGUUAGGAUCCGGAGAACCUGGACUGUCGGGCAUGAGCUCACAUCGAUCAGAUAUCCAGGUUAAUUGCUUCUACUCUCCUGCGCCGGAAAUUUUGGAAUACUUUCGCAACGUCGCCAAGAAGUACGAGUUGUACAAGUAUAUCAAGUUGAGUCACAAGAUUGUAGGAGCUACUUGGGAUGAAGAUGAAGGCGUGUGGAAUCUUGACGUUGAGGAACUAUCCUCCGGAAAGAUUUUCAAGGACUGGUGCCACUUUCUGAUCAAUGGUUCCGGUGUACUCAAUAAUUGGAAAUGGCCUGACAUCCCUGGAAUCCAUUCUUUCCAUGGCGAGCUCGUCCACAGUGCCGCCUGGGAUCCCAAACUAUCAGUGAAAGGCAAGAAAGUUGCAGUCCUCGGCUGCGGGUCUUCAGGCGUUCAAAUUGUUCCUACGAUACAACCAGAAGUCCAAGAGCUGGUCACUUUUAUCAGGACACCAACAUGGAUCACAGCGGGAUUCGCACAAGAUAAAGCCGGGCCCAACGGGUCGAAUUUUAACUUCACCAAAGAGCAGAAGGAUGUUUUUAGGACCAACCCCGAAGCAUAUCUCACCUACCGGAAAGAGGUGGAAAAUGAGCUUAAUAAUCGGUUUAAAUUUAUCAUAAAAGAUAGCGUUGAGCAGGAGGAGGCAGUAAGCUUCUUAACCAACGAGAUGAAGGCUAAGCUCGGUGCGAACCCUGGUCUCAUCAAGCACCUGAUCCCCGAUUUUGCAGUCGGUUGUCGGCGUCCAACUCCUGGAAAUGGAUAUUUGGAAGCGCUGAUAAAACCAAAUGUAAAAGUUGUGACUGAAGAGAUUUCGGAAAUUGUUCCCAAAGGCAUCAAAUUAUCGUCUGGGGAGGUGCUCGAGGUGGAUGUGUUCAUUUGCGCAACGGGCUUUGACAUCUCCUUUGCUCCCCGUUUCCCGCUUGUUGGACGAAAUGGUGUGAAUUUGGCAGAGCAAUGGAAAACACGACCAUCAUCCUAUCUUACCAUGGCCGCUGAAAAUAUGCCAAACCAUUUCAUGUUUCUCGGGCCCAACUCCCCGGUGGGCCAUGGAUCCUUGCUUCCCUUCAUCGAACAUGCAACCAAGUUUAAAAAUGGCACCAAGGAUGGGCCGAUCGUCGCUCUCCAUCCCGGUAGCCGGAUUCACUGGUUUCACAUGUUGGAAAGCAUGAGAUGCGAAGACUGGCAAUGGACUAGAUUUAACAAGAACCGUUUUGCAUACCUGGGUAACGGGUUUUCCUCAAAGGAGGCGAGCGGUAGAGAUCUUUCCUACUAUUUCAAUGCGCCAGAAGAAGGAUACCAGACCAUCAAGUAUUAA